GAGUGAGAAAAGAGAGAGGGGGAGGCGGCUGAGGAGCGAGGGAAGCGGUGAGGGAGCAGAUCGUACGCAGGCUGGGUAGGGUUUGCACUGAAAUAAUCUGCCGGCGGCAAAUGAUUUUCUACUUCGGAUGGAAUUAUGGAACUGAAGAACUUCUGUCAGGAAUCAGAUACCCCUCUUCAGCCGCGUCAGGUUUUUUACUGAGCUAGGGAAGAUCGGGAUGCCUUCUGACAGCCACUGACCCUGCUGACACCGUGGAGACUUCUGGAGUCAGGGCAAAAAAAAAAAAAAAAGACUUGUGAUUGACAGCUGGAGAAACAUCUGAAUUUUUCAGCUGCUGACUAUUCACGUUUUCUAUCUGAGAACAGCAAGAUAGUGUCAACUAGACAUCAAAAUCUGACUAUUUAACCCUUAAGAAUCUGUGAGUUUGAAACCCCGCUCUUGCAUCAUGCAUGAGUGCCUAGUCACCUUUAACCUCCUCGCUCUGCUGGUGGUGCUGUGGGGCCCGCUGGGCUCCAGAGGGCAGAAUGACACAGAGCCCAUCAUUCUGGAGGGGAAGUGUUUGGUGGUGUGUGACUCCACGCCUUCAUCCGAGCCUGCCGGGAACGCCCUGGGCAUGUCUGUGAGGUCCGGCAGUGGGCGAGUGGCCUUCUCCGCCAGUCGCCAGACCAACCACGAACCCACCGACAUGAGCAACCGCACCAUGAUCAUCUACUUCGACAACAUUUUGGUGAACGUGGGAACUCAUUUUGACCAGGAGAGCAGCGUCUUCCUGGCCCCGAGGAGGGGCGUGUACAGUUUCAACUUUCAUGUUGUGAAAGCUUACAACAGGCAAACUAUACAGGUGAGUCUGAUGGUGAACGGUUGGCCAAUGAUUUCAGCGUUUGCUGGCGACCAGGAUGUGACCAGAGAAGCAGCCACCAAUGCGGGUCUGGUGAUCAUGGAGAAGGGGGACAAGGCUUAUCUCAGACUGGAGAGAGGAAACCUGAUGGGGGGCUGGAAGUACUCCACCUUCUCGGGGUUCCUGGUCUUCCCCUUGUGAGGGUGAUGGUUGGAGGGUGAAGUAGGAGUGUGAAUACAAAUAUGAUAAAUAGUUUGAUCCACCGAAUGAACUAACAAUGAUUUAGAGAAUCCUUCUGAUGUAAAUUGGGUCUGACCUCAACUUGCAUGCAGAGAUACUACUGCAGUGAACAGUUUGGCAUUGACUGCACUGCAAAAAAGUCACCAUAUCCCCUCAGUUAAUGCAUUUAAUCCUGCUGAACACAUAGUUGGUGUUUGUUUGUGUUGCCAGCAGGCUGCAGGCAGGUGGAGCCCCAAAAUUAUCGCAAUAUUCAACAAGUUUAUCUGUCAAGAUUCUGUUAAAUGAAAACCUUCCAUGGUGUUUUUAAGCCUCAGCAGGCUUUUUAUAAGGGACAUUUUGAAAUAUUGUGUCAACUAAAUAACAGUCAUGUUAGAUUUAAAAGGAAGAAUCAAUUCAAAAUAAAGGUUACCAAUGCUUAAUGCUGCAUUUUUGUAGAAUGGAACUCUGAAACUACACAUCACAUGUUUUCUUAUAUUUGGUUUAGUGUGCCCCGAUCAUCCCUCACCAUUCUACUGAAGCUCUGACUGCAUGACUGCAUUCACGAUUCUCACUUUGUGUGUAACCAGCUCUUGGUACUCAAACGCUCAGGGUCAGCAGGGGGCCUUUACUGUAAUCCAUGGCCGUACUUUUGCCUUGUGCAAACUCACAGUUGGAUGAUAUUAAAAUGUGCAAUCAUACUGUAGAAUGUUCUCACUGUUGAUAUUGAUAUAUGUAUAUAGAAAAGAAUUAUGUUAUUAGCUAUAUGAGUGAUGUGAGCAAUUGCAUACCUCCAUUUUCAAAACAACACAUGCACCAUACUCAUUUCUUUCCUUGUAGCUUUGAUUUGUGCUGGUCUAUUUCACAUAUUGAAAGAUAAAGCUUGGAAGCAAGGCUCCAAGAAACACUUCUCCAGCAUGAUAUCUGAUUUGAUUUCCCCAGUCCUCACAUGUCUCACAGAAUAGCAUUGCUGGAUGAUGACAGUCAUGUAGGGGCUCCUUCCUACAACAUCCUGUCUUGUUCUCAAGCUCCUCAUCUGCUAAUGCUAAUGCACUUUUGAAUUGAACAUUCAUUCAUUCAUGUGCCAAAAUAUCACGAUAUGGUUAGGGCCUCUUUGGGUCCAAACGUGCUGCCCUUGUGUGGUGUUCCUAGUCUGCAUUGGUCAGUAGUGUUGCAGUGCCUGAGACCGUCUUAGUAUUGCAGUCUAAAAACUGUAAUGGGUUCUUUUUUUGUCAAGACCAAUUAAGUCUUUUAUUUUAGGAAAAACCACCAUGUGAAUGAUACCUUUCUGCCCUUGAAUGUACCUUAUUUACAUCAGAGAUAAGGGGAAAAGUGGAGCUCUGGCUACCACAGUCAAUCUUAAUGUAUGUGCGUAAUGUUUUAGGGGUCUUUGUCUAGCUAUGUGGUCACAGAAUCUCAGACAAACACAGACAACGGUUACUAAAAAGGGAUCUGAUUUCAGUGGUGUUCCAUAGGUUUGUUUGGAUUUACAGUGGCAAAUGAAUGUGUUCUGUUUUCAGCUUGUUCUUGGACUUGGUUUCAUCCCUAAGUCUUGGUCUUGUCCCAGUCUUUGUAUGCUUUGGUUUUGACUCAGAGGCAGCGUGAAAGUGGUCAUAAUAAAACAAACUUUAUUGGGUUUUGAAGGGCCCAGUCAUAUGCCCCGCCCACUGGCAAGGUAUUCAAAUUUUGCCCCACUGGUCUCCACUACUACUCUACUAGUCAGUAAAAAGGGUCUAAGCCGAUCAAAUAAUUGAAACCUUUAAUGGUAAUGAAAAAUGUGCAUUUCAGCGGCAGCAAAAAAAUAUGUUUGUGUUUUUCAGAUAUAUAUGUAAAUAAUGUUUAUGAUAGGUCACUUACUUUUUAUGCCAGUAUUGGAAGCUAGAUAUUAGAGGCAAUGCAGACAUUGAAGUCAAAUCUCAGGUGGUCAGAAGGACUCAGGGUCCGUCCUUACAUACCAUGAAACAAUGCCAUUUAUGUUCCUUUUUUUUUACUUUCUUUAAAUUGUUAGAUGCAAAUUAUGUUAUGAAAAGCAGAAACUUUUGAGGCCUGAUUCAACGAAGAAGCCGAUGCAGACUGGAAACUCAAAAACAGUGUCAAGAUAGAUGCACCUUCCAUGGAGCAAAUCAUGAUAAAGCCCUUAAACAUAAAGCACUGGUCCCACCGCUCUUGUUAUACAGUGUGGAUUUGAUUACAAUGUUUGUGUGAGCGCUAAAAAUAAGCAUUCUUGUUCAAUGUGCGAAACUGUGCUUCGUAAAAGCUUUGGUAUAAAGAGCUGUUUCCUGUUUGCAUUCACACCAUAUCUGGUUAUGAUCCGUGAUGUUUGCUUCAUGCAAGUGAUGUCUCUUCCCACCGAAAUUCAACAAUCCAUGCAAAAUAAAACUGUCAAAAGGUGGUGAGUGUUUCAUUUUAAAUGAAAGAA